UCUUGGACUUCACUUGGCGCUGGGCCCCGCUCCCCGGGGCUGCAGCAGCCGAGCGAGGAGCCGCCGCCGCCGCUGCCGCCCGGGACUCCAAACGCUGCGCGCGGAGCCAAGGCCUCGGCCCCCGCGGAGCUGGAGACCAGGCAGAGGCUGCUAAGCACCGUCAAGAAGGAGCAGCUUCUGUCCUCCAGGUGAAGCAGAUCAUGGAGGAGGCUGUCACAUGCAAGUUUGUCCACGAAGACAGCAGCCACAUCAUCUUCUGCACGGCCGUGGAGGCAUGCGUCCUACAUGGGCUGCAGCAACAGGCGGCUGGAUUUCUGUGCAGCAACGAGAUUGCGGGUCUCUUCAUGAAGGUGGGCAAGAGCUUCCCACCAGCUGAGGAGCUGAGCCACAAGGUCCAGGACUUGGAGCAGCUUAUUGAGAGCACGCAGAACCAAAUCCAGGGCCUCCAGGAGAAUGUGCAGAAGCUGCCGAAGCUACCUAACCUGUCUCCACUUGUCAUCAAGCACCUGUGGAUCCGCACAGCCUUGUUUGAGAAAGUCCUAGAUAAAAUUGUGCAUUACCUUGUGGAAAACAGCAGUAAAUACUAUGAGAAGGAGGCUCUCCUCAUGGACCCUGUGGAUGGCCCCAUCCUUGCAUCUUUGUUGGCCCUCAUAUGCUCCACCGUGGGGCCCUGUGCCCUGGAAUGCACCAAGAUGAAGACUGCAGAUCACUUCUGGACCGACCCCUCAGCUGAUGAGCUUGUCCAGAGGCACCGCAUCCAUAGCUCGCACCUGCGGCAGGACUCGCCCACCAAGCGGCCAGCCCUCUGCAUCCAGAAAAGGCAUUCAAGUGGCAGCAUGGACAACCAGCCGUCCCUCUCCACCCGUGACUAUGUGGAAUCUCUGCACCAGAACUCCCAUGCCACCCUGCUCUAUGGCAAGAACAAUGUUCUGGUUCAGCUGAGGGACAACAUGGAGGCUGUGCCGGGGUACCUGUCCCUGCACCAGACAGCUGACAUCAUAACCUUAAAGUGGACGCCCAACCAGCUGAUGAACGGGUCUGUGGGAGACCUGGACUACGAGAAGAGUGUCUACUGGGACUAUGCCAUGACCAUCUGCCUGGAGGAGAUUGUUUACCUCACUGCUACCAGCAAGGGCGGGCACCUCCUGCAGUUCCUGUCCUGCCUGGAGAAUGGGCUGCUUCCUCAUGGCCAGCUGGACCCACCACUCUGGUCCCAGCAAGGGAAGGGCAAGGUAUUUCCCAGACUACGCAAGCAAAGACCUCAGGGUUCCGCCGAGUCCGUGUCUUCAGACAAGGAAGAUGACAAGGCCAUGGAUUACAUGUUCAGGAUCAUCUACCCUGGCAUGCAGUCUGAAUUUGUCCCCCAGGACAUGAUGGAUGUCUCCGUGAGCAACCUGCCAUCCCUGUGGCAACCUGGACCCCGGAAAUCCUCCUGCUCAUCCUGCUCCCAGAGUGGCUCAGCUGAUGGUGGCUCAACCAGUGGCUGCAACCAUGAGAGGGCUCCCCUGAAGCUUCUCUGUGACAACAUGAAGUACCAGAUCCUCUCCAGAGCCUUCUAUGGAUGGCUUGCCUACCGCCGUCACCUGUCCACUGUGAGGACGCACCUGUCAGCUCUGGUCAAUCACAUGAUUGUGUCUCCAGACUCGCCCUGUGACACUGGCCAGGGGCUGACGGCUGGGAUCUGGGAGCAGUAGCUUCAGGACAGCACAAGUUAUGAGGAGCAGGAGCUGCUGCACCUCAUCUACUACGGGGGCAUCCAGCCGGAGAUCCACAAGGCUGUGUAGCCCUUCCUCCUGGGCCACUACCGGUUCGGGAUGACAGAAGCAGACAGGAAGGAGGUGGAUGAGCAGAUUCACGCCUGCUAUGCACAGACCAUGGCCGAGUGGCUGGGCUGUGAGGCAGUUGUGCGGCAGAGGGAGCGGGAGUCCCACACAGCUGCCCUGGCCAAGUGCUCAUCGGGGGCCAGCCUGGACAGCCACCUGCACCGGAUGAUGCACCGGGACUCCACCAUCAGCAAUGAGUCCUCCCAGAGCUGCAGUUCGGGCCACCAGAACAUCUGUCUGCAGAGUGACUCCAGCAACAGCACCCAGGUGUUUGAGUCUGUGGAUGAGGUAGAGCCAGUGGAGACAGAAGGCAGGUUGGAGGAGAGACAACCCACGAUUCCCAAUGGGAACCUAGUGAACGGUACUUGUUCCCCAGACUCCGGCCAUCCUUCCUCCCACAACUUCUCCUCGGGCCUCUCGGAGCACUCGGAGCCCAGCCUGAGCACGGAAGACAGUGUCAUGGAUGCCCAGUGGAACGCCCCGCCAGCGCUGCGACCCAGGGACAGCAGCGUGGACGAUGGGCAGAGUAGCGAGGCCACCACUUCCCGGGACGAGGCUCCCUGUGAGGAGCUGGCUGUGCAGGAUAGCCUGGAGAGCGAUCUUGCCAACGAGAGCAUGGAUGAGUUCAUGUCCAUCCCUGGCAGCGUGGACGUGGCCCUGCCCGAAAAAGAGGCUGCUGCAGUAGAGGGCUGGGGGGCCAGUGAGGCGGAGCAAUGCAGCCAGGUGGACAGUGAGGACAACCUCUUGGAGGAGUCCGAGAUGGAAAGUCUCUUCCCUGCCCUGGCUUCUCUUGCUGUGACCACGUCGGCCAGCAGUGAGACCUCCCCUGUGUCUUCCAGCGGUGUCACCUAUUCCCCGGAGCUGCUGGACCUCUACACGGUCAACCUGCACUGCAUUGAGAAGGACAUGCAGAGGUGUGACUGCAACUACCGGUACUUCACGCCCGCCAACCUGGAGAAGCUGUGCAACAUCAUGUGCAGCUACGUCUGGCAGCGCACUGAGAUCGGAUACGUUCAAGGCAUGUGUGACCUCCUGGCCCCACUGUUGGUCAUCCUGGAUAACGAGGCCCUUACCUUCAGCUGCUUCAUGGAGCUCAUGAAGAGAAUGAACCAGAACUUUCCCCACAGAGGUGCCAUGGACACGCACUUUGCCAACAUGAGGUCGCUGAUCCAGCAGCUCUAGAGGACCCACUGGAGGAGAUUACUUCUGACGAGGCACAUAAAGAGAAACCAUCUAAAACCAAGGUGGCAGCAAGAAUAGGAAAAGGUGCUGGUUUCUCCUUGGGUGGUGUGGAUUAGCAUGAACUUGAGCUGGGAGUUGUCAAUGGCUCCCCAGGAGCAGCUGAUGGUGGGACUUCCAGGAAACCAAGAAGAGGAGGAGACCCCACCUAUUGACAAGG